CCUAUGCCUGUUAUUAUGCUAUUACUCUACAAAGUAUAGUAGUUAAGUAACCAUACUUGUUAGUUGUAGUAAUAUUGUUCGUUUACGAGAGACACUCUUAACACUUAAAUCGUUUUGAUAGUUAAAAAAUAUUUAACUGGUGUCAGGGGGUAAAAUCACAUUAUUUCGUUUUGUACGAGUUGAUGAAUUUCAAGAAUUUCGUAUUAACGUCAAAUAUAAGUACUUACACAAUAUUAUACCUACUACGACUUUUUAUUUGAACACCAUUAUAUUAAUAUAGAUAUAGUGUAAAUAUGAAUGAAAUAUCGAAUUGAAUCAUUUUACACGUCUUAGCAAAGGAAAAACAUAAAUAUAUUAGCAUGUAUUUACUAUUUGUAUGGCACAGAAAUUAAUGUUGCGUAAAUGGACUGCUUGUGAACGCAAUGUAUUAGAGCAUUAUAACAUAUCUGUAUAAAGGUAGGUAUAUUAAACCCUACUCAAAGUCAUACUUUCUCAGUGCCUAUAUUUAUCUAUUAUAAAGAUACCUACUAUACAUGUAUGCAAACAUAAAUUAUGUUAAUUUUUAUAUUUAAAUUUGUGUGUGUGCGUGUGUGUGCGAGUGCAUUACCUAAAUCAUAGUUUGUUCAGUCUUCAGUGUAAUAAUAUGUGUCUUAGUGAUAUGAGCUGGGCGGUGAUAAAUUUAAUGCACUAAAAAAAAAACCAUAAAAUAUGCACGCGCUUAUCCGCCAAUAUACCGGGAAAUAUGAAUUACGAGUAUAAAACAUAAACUAAAAUCAUAUUCGUAGACGCAUUCGAUUGGUACUCGGUUGGUCGAGUCGCAUCUUGUUAAAGUACUAUACAAAAACUCUCUGUAAUAUAUUGUGCAGAUAAGUACCUACCUUAGGAUUACUUUAUUGAAAUUGUUAUUAUAUUUUCUAACUCGAAUUUCAUUCGGUGCGAACGUUUACAUUUUUUUUUUAUUUUAAACUUUUAACUCAACUAUUAACUACUGUCCGUAUACUACCGCGUAAUGAUGACGUAUCCACUUUUCAUUACUUUUUAUAAUUUAUAGAUAAUUAAAAAUAAAACCCAUUGAUUAUAUUAUUAAAUUUACGAUAAGCAAUUUAUAUGCGCCUGCCAUUAUCAUUAAAUUUUAAAAUAAUAAUCGGACAGUUAUGUCGGAUUAUAUUUCAUUUGCAAUGGUAAUUAAUAAAGUACAGAAGUUCUAUAAAAAAUAAUUAAUAUUAAAAACGCCGGCGGCGGCGGGGCCCGUGGUUUGGCGACAUUUUUUAUGACGAAAAGUUUUUUUUUUUUUUAUAAUUAUUGAACUUACUUUCUUUGUUUUUUCUAUACCUUCUCGUCUUUGUUAUCACCUUGCCAGCCACUAAUUAAUGGCUACAUUUUUCGUUGUAAAUAAAACGAUAACAUUUAAUAAGAAAAAAAAAUGUCACGACUGUGUCUAUAUCACCAUCGACACGCUGUAUGCGUUGCUUAUAUAUUAAUUGUCGUGGAAUGGGAAUAGCAAUUCCGCGUUUGUGUGCAAAGAGGAGUGAACUGAAAACGAGUGGAGUAAAAAAUUCUAAAUAAUUGACAGUAGUGGCGGUGACGUUGAGACACAACACUGCAGUAGCGGUGUACAUUUGGUACUCGUCGUCACUGUCGCAAGUCUCCGACACAGGAUUUACUGGUAAAUGAAUGAUAAAGUCAUUAGAGAAGUUCUCAGUUGUUUGGUGAAUAAAUCAACGACGAAAAACAGAAAAAAUAAUAAUAAUAAUAAUGGUAAUAAGGCGGCGGCGUAAAAGUCGUAAAAGUGAAAUAAUUUACAGAUGUUUCCGCCUUUCCAUUUGUGUGUAUAUAUACAUACAAUAUACAUAUAAUAUGAUAAUAUUCGUUUUUCUUGAAAUCAGACAGACGUUAAUGACUUAAUGUCCUAUAAUUUUUGUUUGACGAUAGCGAACGCCGCGAUCCGUCGUUUUACCACAGACACACAGUACUAUAAUAUAUUAUAUAUAUGUAGACCCUGUAACUAAAUAAUUUAUUGUAAUAUAUUGCGGUUGAAUUUUAUAAUUCCAAAGUUAUUUAUUGUUCCGCCAGCACGCGACUCGUCUCCGCGGCAUAAUAUUGUAUUUAAUUUUCAUCAACUAAAUGUCUUUAGGGGUGACACUGAAGUCAAAAUGAUUUUAUUGGCGCCGGUGGCUCACGACUGGCAAAGUUCAAAAAAUCGAACUACAUCGCAGUGGCAAAUCUGCAGCCUAUUGAGUGAAGAAUUAUUUAAAUAUACUUUACUAUACACUACGCGCGCAUGGACUUAUUUAAAUAUAAUUUAAAUUAUUUUAAGGAUUUUUUCUUUCUUUUUAUUAUUAUUACUAUUAGAGUAGACGCCCUAACCAUAAUAUUAUGUUAAUUCGAACUGGGAAAAAAAGGGAUUUGGCAAGGGGUUUUUUUCGGUUAUUGGAACAUUAUUCUCCAAGGAACAACAUAUUGUACGACUUACAAACGUAUCUCACUCUCAUGGUAUACAUUUAUGCACAAAUAUAUAAUAACAAAAGAUUGAACAUUGAAAUGAUUGAACAAAUAAAUUAUGAUUUAUAAAUUAAUAAUUUAUUUGUUAGACGAAUGUGGCAUCGUUAAACUAUACGAGCUCGUGUAUAUAAUAAUAUGAACAAUAGCGCCGAAUAUUAUAUUUAUAAUACAUUUUUAUUAAAUUUUUAUAUCUUCAAAACUUGCUACUAAAAAGAUACUUUUUCAAGUGAGUAGUUACGUCUACGGUCUACCUACUUAGGUUAUUGUGGUCAACAAAAUUUCCCGUAUCAUAUAAAAAUAAAAAAUAGGUUUGAUUAAAAAAAUUAUUCUCUGGUCGAUAUGGUUAAUAUUGGAAAUAAGGUAACUAACUCAUCGUCUACACUACCGAAGAUUGACUCGAACGGAACAACGGUAUAUACCAGCUAUAGGCGAUGAAAUAUUUGCACGUGUUUAACGAGAAUGAUUCGUCUACCAUCGAUUUGAACCGUUGUCUGUUUGCCUGUUUUGAUACUACGGAAAUAACAUUUUGCCUUGUACUUAGAAAUCAAUUUUAUUCUCUUUGUUUAGGAUCUCCGUUCUGGUGUUUGCUGGACAUUGUGCCGAUCAAAAAUGAAAAACGAGAAGUGGUGUUGUUCCUGGCUUCGCAUAAAGACAUCACGCACACGAAAAUGGCUGAAAUGCACGUGGGCAUGGACUACGAUCCAGAGGAAGCCGAACCCGAAGAACCCGAACCGGCCAGUAACGCGUACGGACGGCGGAGGAGCAGAGCCGUACUUUACCAACUGUCCGGACAUUACAAGAGUGAUAAACCGAAAACCGGCAAGCUGAAACUGAACAACACGUUGUUGCAGGGCUCGUCGGCGCCGUUACCGGAAUACAAAACGUCGGCGCUGAAAAAAUCCCGAUGGGUAUUAUCGCACUACGGGGUUUUCAAGACGUGCUGGGAUUGGCUGAUACUGAUAGCCACGUUCUACGUCGCCAUCGUGGUGCCGUACAACGCCAGUUUCGUCAACACGGACAAACCGUCCAUGGUCAGCGACGUGGUCGUCGAGUCGCUUUUUAUAGUCGAUAUAUUGUUCAAUUUCCGGACGACGUUCGUCAACAAAAAAGGCGAAGUGGUGUCGGAUUCCAAAACGAUCGCUUUCAAUUACUUGAAGAGCUGGUUCGUGGUAGAUUUAUUCGCCGCUCUGCCGUUCGACCUGUUGUACGCAUCGGACGUUUACAGCGGAGACGAAGCUGGUUCGGGACAAGUUCAUUUGUUAAAGCUGACCAGACUUCUGAGGUUAGCGAGGCUGUUGCAGAAGAUCGACAGGUAUUCGCAAUACGGUGGCAUGAUUCUCACACUUUUGAUGCUCCUGUUCACAUUAGUUGCACAUUGGUUUGCGUGCAUAUGGUAUGUGAUCGCUGAAAGUGAACGCCACGAAAAAGGAAGAGAUUGGGAUCUAGGGUGGAUGAACACACUCGCCGAACGUCUGCACAAGGACGUGGACAACGUGACGCACUCAGAGGCGUACAUAACUUCGUUGUACUUCACGUGUUCCAGUCUGACCAGCGUCGGGUUCGGUAACGUGUCAGCCACCACCGGUGCAGAGAAAAUAUUCAGCAUCAUCACGAUGCUGAUUGGAGCGCUCAUGCACGCCGUGGUGUUCGGUAACGUGACGGCCAUCAUCCAGCGCAUGUACUCCCGGAGGUCGCUGUACCAGAGUAAGUGGCGGGACCUCAAGGACUUCCUGACGCUGCACCAGGUGCCCAGCGAGCUCAAGCACAGGAUGCAGGACUACUUCCAGACCAUGUGGUCGCUGAACCACGGUAUCGACAUACAUGAGUUUUUGUUCCAGACGCUCAAGGAGUUUCCGGAGGAGCUCAGAGGUGACGUUUCCAUGCACCUACACCGGGAGAUACUGCAGCUGCCCAUUUUCGAGUCCGCGUCGCAGGGUUGCCUGAAGCUGUUGUCGUUGCACAUCCGGAGCAACUUUUGCGCCCCCGGCGAAUACCUCAUCCACAAAGGCGACGCGCUCACGUCCAUAUAUUAUCUGUGCAACGGGUCCAUGGAAGUCGUCCAGAACGGCAUGGUCGUCGCCAUUUUAGGCAAAGGCGAUUUGGUCGGAUGCGACAUUAGCAUGUGGCUGGGCCAAGGCAGCGGUUCAGGUAACACGGGCGUUGUCGCCGGUGGCGGGACCACCGGUGGCGGAGCAGGAGGUGACACGGUGGUCAAGUCUAGUUGCGAUGUCAAAGCUCUAACUUAUUGCGACCUAAAGUGCAUUAAUGUGCUCGGGUUGGUAGAAGUUUUGCGGCUUUACCCCGAGUACCAACAGGAGUUUGCAAAUGACAUACAACAUGACUUGACGUACAACAUACGUGAAGGAUACGAGGCCGAAGUAAUUAAACCUCACAAAGAAAUCGAUCAAAAUGGUAUUACGACGUUAACGUUACCAUCUAUAAGUGAAGACGAUGAAAACUUGCAAGAAGAAUGCGAUGGAUCUCCAAAAUCACCUCCUUCUAGAUCACCGUUGCACUCCAGUUAUAGUCCGAGCAGACACAACCUCACUAAACUAUCUCAAAACAGAUCAAGAACGCUGCCUCGAAGUGAUAUCGAACACAGAAAAGUCAAUGUUGACAGACUGGACACACAAGUUACUUCACUUCAUUAUCACGUCGCAACUUUAAGUCAAGAGGUGAAAAACGCCAUACAUGCGCUGCAGGAACUGGCGACGACCAGUUCGAACGUCAGGUACCCCUACUCGUUGCCAGCCAGGUCGAACCCAGACCUGCCGGAGAACGUCAAGCGGCCGCAGAUGGCCAUCCUGCAGCGGAGCUCGUCGCACCCGCCCGAGGUGUUCGGCUGGGACGGGACGGUAUACGACAGCCCGGCGCACCAGCCGCACCACCCGUACCACCACCACCACCUGCUACACCACCAACACCUCCAGCAGCACCAGCAGCACCACCAACAUCACACGUACCAGCAAUCGAACCAGCAGUGCCUGCCGUACCAGCAGCAACAGCACACCGGCGGCGGCGCCGUUUACACGCAUCCGCCGUCGUCGUCGCCGCCGCAGACGCACCAACAGCAGCAACUCCAGCAGCCGCGGUACUACCACAGGCCGUCGGUGGCCAGUACUGCGGACGUGGCCGUGCAGACGGACGUUUCGGGCGUGGACGUGUUCGAGCGGUUCGUCAAGGCGCACCGGACACUCGUGCUCGAGUGGCUCAACGAAAGCGACCACGUGGCCGUCACGGUGUACGACGACGAGACCGCGGCCAGCGGGAGGCGACCGAGAAACGAACGGUCUCCGUCUUCGUCGUCGUCCGCCGCGUCUUCGUGCUCGUCACCGCCCCAGCAGGCGCGGGCUCCCGCGGCCGACACCCCCGCGAACGACACCCCCGUCAACGCCGCCGACGGAUCACCUCCGGCCGGAAGGGACGACGCGCCGCGGGAAUGGUACCCCGCAGCCAACACCCUGAUGGCCACUGUUAGCGAAGACAGUGGCGGCGGCGGGGGUGACAGCGGGGGCGGCGACGAGGACGACGGCGGCGGCAGUGGCCACGAGUCCAUCGAGAUGACGUGCAUGGCACCUGCUGGUGACGCCGCGACCACCGCCAACGCGUCCGAUUCAAUUACUACCCUUAAGUUUCACCCGUUCGUUUGACGACAAGACUGAACAAGACACACAUACACACACGCACAUACACACAUCACCAGUGGGAGUCAAAUGAUUUUGUCAAGAUUGGGGGAGGGAAAUGGUCGAUUUUUUAACUGACUAUUUGAUUGUUAAAAAUAUAAUUUAUGAUUAUCAGAUCUUAAACGUUGAAAAAAAGGUCACGGGGGAUCUAUCCCCCUCACAACCCCCGUUUGACGGCCACUGACGCACACACUUGUAGGUCGUAAUUUCACGUAACGCAAUACAUUAUGUUAUAACAUGGGAACAUUAUUGGGGGGAGGGGGGUGUUCAUUAAUAAUUAAUUGUAUUUCAUCUCUUUCGUUACGAUGUUUUUUUUCAUUCGUCGCCGCCCGAAAAUAUGGUCCCGAACGCGUUUUCACGGCAGCGGGUGACAUUUAAAAUAAUAUUACGUUCCUAUUUUUACCUCCAUACCUAUAUUAUUGUAUUUACGUUUAGUAUCAGGGUGCUUAAUUACUCGUCGCCGAACACUCCUCUAUACAAUCCUUGACUCCUAACCUCGAUCCCAACCUAAACGCUAGAACGAACCAACCUGCGCAGACUUUUAUGUUGUUAUACCUAGGUCGCGGCCGUGGUGGCAGGCUCUUAACUGCGGUAACAUCGAGUAGUAGAAUUCGGCGACUAUACCUUCGCAACUCGUGCGACAGUACUGCAGCCACAAGUGGCACAAACAGACAUAACGAACACAACGGUGGUGGGGCAGAAAGGGGGUGGGUUCGGAUUCUCGCGAUAUUUUUAACGAUUUAUAAUAUUCUAAUAACCGUAAUAAUAAUAUGCAGGCGUAUGAGAAAGUCUGG